AUAAAUUGCCUUAUUCUAAAGGUGUAUAGAGAUACUAAAAGUCCAAAAUUUCCUUUCUAAAAAUUUGGCAUUGGCAUAUAUAGGGACCUUCCCUCGUUACAUCCUCCUUUCUUUCAAAUAAAUAAAUAAAUAAAUAAAAAGUUUCUUAAUUUCUGAGGAUGACUUUGUCUGUUUCACUACUUUCCCCUCAUUAUUAUUUUAUAUAAAUUAAUAAUACCACCAACGAGUCUUUCCACUUAUAAAACUUGGAAAACACUAAGACUAAGAGAGAGAAAGAGAAGAAGAAGAGAGAGAUAGAGAAAUGGCCGCCUCUAAAGAAAGUACUGUUACUGUUAUGGUCUUGUUGUUUUUGUUUUUGUUGGGCGUUAUUAAUGUUACAGCGGCAGAGCAUGAUGAUCAAACGACGUCGUCUCAUAAUCAGGUUGUUGAUCAUAAUAAGUUGUCUAAUAAAUCGACGGUGGUGAUGAAUCGGAAUAAGUAUGCUUAUGCAACGAUGAUGUAUAUGGGGACUCCAAGAGACUACGAGUUCUACGUGGCGACACGUGUCAUGCUCAGAUCACUUGCUAAACUCCACGUGGAUGCAGAUCUCAUUGUUAUUGCCUCUCUCGAUGUUCCUCUUCGAUGGGUUCGAGCCAUGGAAGAAGAAGAUGGGGCGAAAGUGAUGAGAGUGGAAAAUCUAAACAACCCGUACAAGAAACAGUCGAAUUUCGAUUGGAGAUUUAUGUUAACAAUGAACAAGAUUUACGUUUGGAGUUUAGUGGAGUACGAAAGAGUUGUUAUGCUCGAUUCUGACAACAUUUUCCUUCAAAACACAGAUGAGUUAUUCCAGUGUGGUCAAUUCUGUGCUGUGUUCAUUAACCCAUGUAUUUUCCACACUGGACUUUUUGUGCUACAGCCUUCGAUGCAAGUGUUUAAGGACAUGGUUCGUGGGUUGGAAAAUGAGAGAGAGAAUCCAGAUGGUGCGGACCAAGGCUUCAUUGGUAGUUACUUUCCUGAUUUGCUUGAUAGGCCCAUGUUUCAUCCACCUUCUAAUCCCACCACUUUGCUUAAUGGCACAUUUAGACUGCCUUUGGGUUAUCAAAUGGAUGCUUCUUACUAUUAUCUUAAACUUCGGUGGAGUGUACCGUGUGGACCAAACAGUGUGAUUACAUUUCCAAGUGCACCUUGGUUGAAGCCUUGGUAUUGGUGGUCUUGGCCUGUUUUGCCACUUGGUAUUUCUUGGCACGAACGACGUCGUCAAACUCUCGGGUACGGAGAAGAGAUGGGAGCUGUGUUGUUGCAGGCAGGUAUGUACGUGGGGCUAAUAGCAGUGACAAGGGUGUCACGGGGCAACAUGUCGAAGCUAUGGUACCGUGGGGUGCGUGUGGACAAGACCAACCCCUUCAUUCAAAUGGGCCUCAAAUUAUUAGCUGUUUGGUCCAUUAUUGCAGCCUACGCUGUCCCUUUCUUCCUCAUUCCAUGUACCAUUCACCCCUUGAUUGGCUGGACACUCUAUUUGCUUGCUUCAUUUGCUCUUUCCUCUGUUUCCAUCAAUGCAUUCUUGCUCCCAACUCUUCCCAUUUUGACUCCUUGGCUUGCCAUUUUUGGGGCUCUUUUUGUUAUGGCUUUUCCUUGGUACCCAGAUGGGAUUGUUAGAGCUAUUUCUGUGUUUGGUUAUGCAUUUUUGUGUGCCCCCUUUUUAUGGGCAUCUGUAGUUAGAGUUAGGAUUUGUCUUACGAACUCGUUUGAAAAAGAUUUGUUUUUUACUAGAUUGGGUGAGUCCACCACCACCACGUCCCCUUCUGGGAUUAACAAGCUUUGUUAAUUUAAUCAAACUAAUUAAAACAAAAACCCAACCAUUUACUUAAUUUAUUUGUAAUAUAUAUUGAUCAAGCAUUGUAAAAGAAGAAAAAUAUAUCUCAUUGAAUAGAAUCAUUUUUAAUCA